CCCUGGGAAAGACAAGAUGGCGGGACGUUCAAAAACGUCGCUGACAGGUCAAAUCAACAACAGAAUAAACUGUAAAUAACAUAUUGAAUUUAACCGUUAGCCCACAAAUCGUCGGCUGGAACGAGUAACCGACGUUUAACCGCCGGUAUGAACGGGGUUCGCCGGAAGUGUGACCCUCCUUUUGGACUGACGGGAUCCACACCGAAACCGAACCGGCUGAGCAGAACCUUCAGACAGACUCAGACUGCGGGUAAAGUGGAUCCUCCGAGGAGCGAGCCGGCAGAAUUUAAGAGUCCGACCAGAAUCCCGAGAUCCAGAGCAGGCGGAGGUUUCAGCGGAGAGUCUCCACACAACGACUCGGACGUCCAGCAGGACAUAAUCUGGGACGCCACGUCUCCUUCUCCAAACAGACUCGGUAAAAGAGGAAAGAAGCCGCCUGCUGGAGUGGUGAACAUCUCAGAGAUCGUCAGCAGGAUCGCUCCAAAGCAUGGCAGGCCGAGGGUUGCAGAGCCGACGUUACAGCAGUGGAUCGGAGACAGCGCAGCCAUUCCCUGCACGCCGGACGUUCAAACUCCCAAACCGAAGAAGAAGUCCCCGAGGCCGAACGGCGUGGACGACUUGCUGAAGCUCGCCAAACAGUUUGAUUUCAACAUGUUCCGUCGGGACGAAGAGGAAGAGGUGGACGACCCGCACCAGCAGAGUACGGAGCUGCUGUCGGAGGACAUGUUGGAUUUUGAGAACGGCGAUCAGAACGACUUCUCACCUUCACUUCCUGGAAACCAUCAACGAGCUGAGGACACGGCGGCGGCUGGGAGAGACAUUCAGGCACACCUGGAUCUACAAAUGGAGGACGAUUUGGACCUCCUGUUCGAUGGGCCGACCCAGCAUGUGAGCGGAAACUUAAGUCAGGUGUCACAAGUGAAACAUCCUCCUAGCACGUGUGCGGCUUCUGGGAAAGCGUCUGCAUCGUCUCACACUUCUGGUGUUUUCACGACCAACACUAGAGCUGCUCCUGCAAACGACGAGUUCGAGGACGACUGGGAAAACGACGACUUGCUUAAUGACUCUUUGGUUUUGGAGAUGACACAAAAUCCGCACAGCUUUUCCGCUCCGACACACUGCUCAACCCAGAAACCCCCGCAUGAAAUAAAACGUCAGAGUCCGGGAAGUUUUCGAUGGUCAGACAGUCUGAGACAAAGAUCGACCUUCAAGCUGGAGUCCAAUCCUCAUUUUUCUAUCAAAACAAGCCAGACAGACACCUGGACUAACUCGAGGGUGGAAAACGGCUCAAAAAGGUCAGAGAAAGACCCUCAGAAGAACAAAUGUCACGUUUUAGCAGGAGCGGGUUCUCAACAGAGCGUGCAAAAGUCAAACACGGUGAAAUCAGAUACACAGAAACAACAAUCGAAACAAAGGACAAACGCGGCAGCUUCGACACCUCCUGCUAGAUCCGCUCGCAGCUUUCCACUCACACCUGCAGCAGUUCCAUCCCACAACGAGGCGGCCGCCAUCUCUGACCUCCUGGACGACGACCUGAACUCUUUCUUCUCGUCUGAUCCGGUGUGGGACGACCCGGCCGACGACGACCUUCUGUGUGAGAUGUGUGAAAACGUGGAGAACCAGAUCCAGAGCGCCCAGAACGUCCCCAUCAAACAGACAGUUCCCACGUCGACCCAGAGAGCCGCUCUGCAGCCAUCCGUCAACACCUGGGACAACCGAACCAAACAGCCAACGGCCAAUCAGAAACCUUUCCCUCCUCAAACUCUCCCCCGUGCAGCUGGGACUUCUCACGCAGGUGGUUUGGUUUCAAGCGCAGCUGAAGGUGCACAAAUGAAAAGAGAGACUUUAAGGUGCGCACAGUUAAAAAACUCUUCAGGGGGCGUGCACAGUUCAGCGAGUCUGCAGAUGAGCAGCAGGGUCCAGACUGCGCCGCAGGGAAACAUCCGGAAAGAGCACUUCACCUUUAAGAAGCCAAACAACUCGGUUUCCACAGUGACCAACAAAGAUUUGGGGAAAUGUUCUGCAGCAGAGAUCGAGCUGAAGAAGCAGCAGGCGAUGGAGAGGCGUCGACAGAGGCUGCAGGCCACUCAAAACCUCCCCCGAUCUCCAACCUGAAAAACAACAGAAACAACUGGAAUCAACUAACGUGCAUACGUGAAGUCUGGACUCAUCUGCAUGAAGGUGAAACCUUGCAGACUCUCCCGUCAGUUGUUUGUCAGCUUUGUUCACUCCUGAUGACUUAAGUCUCUCGAUCAGAUCCUUCUACAUUUUAUAUUUGUUCUUUACGUUACGUGACCUUGUGCCGUUUGUGUUCUUCUUUUAUCUGUUCUGAUAUCACGCCAUGUUGUUGUUCUGACUUAAAGGGACGCUUCAUCUUUAUUUGGGAGGGGGAAAAUGUGUGAGAUUAAAGUGUGUCCUGUUUGGUGAGUACAGCGGUCAUUCAGUUUUAAAGGUGUUAG